CCCUGCCGCCCCCACUCCUUCAUUCAAUUCGAAUCCGCCGUGAAGUGUGCCGGUCGGUUGGUUGUCCGUUCGUUCCGAUCGCGCGAAACUUUUUUACGCUAAAAACUACGCAAGCAUCAAGUUAUUUUAUGUUUAUUACAAGUGAAGUGAGAACCUUGUUGGAUUAAACUUGGCGUGUGAUACUGCGUUGUGUUCGUACUGUGAGUGUGUUGUGGUCACAGGUGUCGCAUUCCAUAGGGGACGCCGAACGCAGCCUCUGUACCCGAACCUGUAGGCAGGUGAUCCGUUUAACUGCUCUAUUUGUGGAACAAUAAUGGCGGUGCGAUUAUGAGGUUACCGGCAAACCACUUUCAGAUGGACAACUGGAACAGAUAAUUUGAGUAAUGCGAACACAUCGGAAUUGUAACUGCUGGUGAGAUGGCGCGGUGGAGCGCGCUGGUGCAGCAUGGGCAAACAAUCUGGUUUCUGUUCUGCAUCCUACACACAGUAUGGGCGACACCUGGUCCAUGUGAAGUGGAAACAGGCCAGUCCAGUAUCAUAGUAGACAUAGAAGAAAGCAGAGGAAAUCAAGUAAACCAAAGCACAGUACCAGCCGAGCUGCCGAUCGUCGGCGAGCCAGAUGUGGACGUGGUGUUGUCCACCGUCUUUCCAAAAGGCCCGACGCUGUUCCAGCUGGAUGGGAAGCGGUUACAGCUGCUCCAGCCCUUGGAUAGAGACGCUGAUAACCUUUCGCAUAUGGUCUUCCAGCUCGUGUGCCAAGUGAAAGCUACUAAGAAGAGGCGGACAAUACCGGUGAUAGUCAGGGUGUCAGACAUCAACGACAAUGCGCCGGUCUUCCAGGGGCUCCCGUAUGAAACUAGUAUAUCUGAGCUGGUACCGAUCGGCACAACGAUAUUCGACGGCAUUCGAGCGCUCGACAUCGAUGCAGGAGUCAACGGUCUCUCAGAGUACUUCAUCAUACCAGGAGACAACAAAACCCUGGAGACCACGAACGCAGCGGACGGCUACGGGUACUUCGCGAUACCGAUACCCCAUCAGGGACAAGUGACAGUCAACAGGACCUUGGAUUACGAACGCACGCAGCAGUAUCUAGUCACUAUUGUUGCUUCUGAUCGUGCGCGCGAUACCAAGAGAAGACUGUCAAGUACCACGACGUUAACUGUCAAUAUACAAGAUGAUGAUGACCAGGAUCCUUCGUUCAUUUACAAGGGAUGCACGCUGCACGAGGGAGCUUGCUUCAACCCAGAAUAUUCAAGUUAUGUAAACAGCGGCGUCCUAGCCGGCAUUCUCACCAUCGAACCUGAGAAGAUCCAAGCUGUCGACAUGGAUACCUUAGACGCCAAGAUUCGUUACACCAUCGAGAGUGGAGAACCAGACUCCUGGGCCACAUACUUCUCUAUAGAUCCCAAUAGUGGGGCCGUGAGGCAGCUGAUGCCUGUUGAUACUAGCAUUGCGAAGAAGUUCCAGCUUGUUAUAAAGGCUGAAGAAGUGACAGAAGCCAAGCGAUUCACCACAGCCAAGCUGACCAUAACAGUGCGGCCAGUCGACGCUAGUCCACCAGUAGUAGAAGCAUCGUCAGAUGAAGGGCAGGUUGAAGAGAACUCGCCUAAAGGCACUAGGGUGCUGGAUGCGAGUGGAAUGCCGAUCAAGAUGAGCGUUUCUGAUCCUGAUUUGGGUCCCGGUGAUCCCGUACCAAUCUACACGUUCGAGUUGACGACGAACUUCUUCGACAUCGACAAAGAUGGCUUCUUAGUAGUCGCUGAAGAGAACCUCGACCGCGACCAGCCUAACAACGGCAAAUUCAGAUUUCAGGUUGUCGCAAGAGAAGCGAACGGAGGCGCUGCGUCCGCUCCGCUUUCUUUGGCGGUACAGUUGCUGGAUGUAAACGACAACGCGCCUGUUAUACCCAAGACGCAACCGAUCAUAGUGCCGGCGAGCUUAGAACCUACUGCAGUACAUAAGGUGGAAGCAUAUGACAUCGACGAGGGUGAGAACGCACGUAUAUCGUACAGCAUCUAUCACGUGUCUAACAAUGGAGGAAACAAGUUCACUAUUGACCCUAACACUGGUGUUAUAUCGAGCACCGGUCGCCUACAAGCGGGCGAGCAAUACAGCGUCACGAUUAGGGCUACCGACGCCAAAGGCCUGAGCUCCCAAGGCAUCGUAGAGCUGUCUGUAGCCCCCGGGCCUAAUACAAGGCCGCCGCAGUUCUCUUCGAGGGACUACUACGCUCCCGUGUCCGAAGGCGCUGCGAUUAAUUCUACGGUUACCACUGUUACUGCCAAAGACCCAGAAAACGAGCCAGUCACGUAUUCGAUAGUGUCCGGCAACGACCUCCGUCAGUUUGCGAUCGGCGCUACCACCGGCAUCAUCAUGGUCAUCAGAAGCCUGGACAGAGAAGUUCUGACGCGGUAUCAGUUGAUGGUGAAAGCAGAAGAUCCCGGCAAAUUAGCGAGCACAGCAACUGUGAAUAUCAAAGUCACUGACAUCAACGACAACAAUCCCAAGUUCGACGAGGAUUCCUACCUAUUCCAUGUAAAAGAAGGCGUGUCAGGCGAAUUCGUCGGCUACGUUCACGCCACAGAUAUAGAUGAAGGAGUCAACGCUUUAGUCAGCUACAGCAUUCCACCUCAUCUUCCGUUCAGUAUCGAUAAUGCCACUGGAUUGAUCAGUACCAACACUAAAUUGGACUAUGAGCAGACUAAGGAUUACGCGUUCGUAGUAACAGCCACCGACGGGGCCAUUGACAAAAGGUUCGGGACCGCAUCUGUCACUGUUCAAGUUGAAGAUAUUCCGGACGAAGUGCCUGUGUUCCCGCAAUCUUUGUACUCGGUUCACGUUCCCGAAAAUGCGGCCAACUAUCCUGUGGUUAAAGUUCACGCGGAAGACCCUGACACCACUCCCGAGAUAACCUACACGAUAGUGAUGGGCGAUACAGACUUAUUCUCCAUCGAGCGCAAGUCAGGCAUGAUCCGGACGCUGCGGCCUUUAGACCGGGAGAUGAUGGCGCGACACGAGAUUAUAGUCGGCACUGAAGAGAAUAGCAGCGAGGAACCCAGGGCUACUACUACUGUGGAAGUGUUGGUCGAUGACAAAAACGACAACGCGCCAAUCUUCACAUCGGUCGUCCGUCCGAUCACGAUCGAAGACUCCUCUCCCAUUGGCAGCCUAGUUCAAACCGUCACCGCAGUGGACGCCGACGCGACCGCUCCUAACAACCGCGUGCGAUACAAGUUGGUUGGCCGCGGGAAGGCGUCUAAAUACUUCCACGUGGAGCCCGAUACGGGGGCGGUGCGGGUCCGAGACGAUCUGCGGAAGGAAGCCGAUAGCGAAUACACUGUCGACGUGCAAGGGUUCGACCAAGGCGAGCCCGUGAUGUCUUCAGUCACCAGCCUGACUGUGUACGUCAGUCACUCCGCCACCGUUCCUCCAGAUGUGGGCCUCGGGUUCGCUGACACGCUGUACACUGAACACGUCGCUGAGAACUCGCCCAACGGGACGCUGGUACGAGUGCUGCCUUUGCUGAACAAGAGGGAACAUUCGCCGGACAUACCUUUGAAGUGCCGCCUUACGGAGUCGUCGCAAUCAGGAAUAUUCUACGUCAAGCUAACCGAAGACCGAGACUGCGCGAUCUACCUCAACACAAGCUCACUGGACUACGAGACCCUCUCCGAAUACUCCUUAGAAGUCCAACUGGAGUCCAUCCAGGGUCUCAUAAACCCGGAGACCAGUAAAGCAGUUGUAAAGGUCCACGUGACCGAUGUCAAUGAUAACGCGCCCGCGUUCGUGUUCAAAGAACAGAGCACGAUAGCUGGUGCUGUGGGGAAAUACUUCGCGAUUGUUACUAAAGAUAUGCUGCUGGAUACGAAUGUGCUGCAAGUCAAGGCUAAAGACAAAGACAGCGGCGACUACGGCAAGAUAGAAUACCACAAGCACUCCUGGCCCAAAGCAGCGGAGGAAUACUUUGCACUGGAUGCUGACACAGGAGUCAUAAGCAACGUCAAGACGUUUGACAGCGUGCCCAGUGACGUGCUGCCUUUCAAGUUCAGCGUGACAGCGAGAGACAACCCUAGUUCGCCACAGGAUUAUAAUAUUGCUAGAGUUUCUGUUGUUGUAAAUCUCCUCCAAAAAGAAAACCAACUUGUGGUAGAAGUUUCCAAUGUCAACACUGAAUCUAUGGGCCGCCGAGCGCGUAGCGUCCUCGCAGCCAUAGAGAAAGAGAGCGGGCUUGUCGCUGGUCUAGAGAAAUUAACUUAUAGACAUUACCUGGGAGUAAAUGGCACGUUAGAGAGUGAUACUAAAGGAACGGAUAUGUGGCUAUAUCUGGUCGAUCCUUCUACAGGGAGGAUAUUGACCAGAGAGUCAGCUUCUGCGAAGAAGGCCGUCGAAAGCGGCGUCCACAAAGCUGUAGCAGCCAGUCUACAAUCGCCAGUUAGUCAAGUGCGAGCGCCGUUAGUGCCCGCAGAGCAGCCCAGAAGGCCGACGCAUGUGGCCGCGGCACCUUUAGCUACGGCCUUACCGGCUGCCUUGAUAGCAUUGGCGGCUUUGGUUCUAGUAGCAGCAACUGCAGCCACGAUAUACAUCUGUGCUUCUUGGAACAGAAGGCCGACUCAGAAAGUCAUAGCCCUUUUAGCUACGGCCUUACCGGCUGCCUUGAUAGCAUUGGCGGCUUUGGUGCUGGUAGCGGCAACUGCUGCUACGAUAUACAUCUGUGCUUCUUGGAACAGGUACAAGAAACACAAAGAGCAAGCGAUCCAGCAGUACGGGACUCUUAGUAUGAGCAUGCCGCCUCCCAGACCGCCGUCGGGAUACGAGUCAAGUGAAGACGAGCCCGCGCCGAGAUACGAGACUCAGGUUCUCAACAUGGCGGUGGACGAUGCAGACUUGCAACUGGACUUCAGUCCAAACAACCACGCGUUCAACAUCCACAGUGUGCAAUAUUUAUCCAAAGACAAUGGAGAACGCAGCCCAACUCUCUCCGAAACAGCCACCACCGCAAGAGCGUCAAGCGUCAACGAGAACGGUGGUACGCUCAACAACAGUCACUUCGACACUUUGGCGAACAACUCAACCAUCGCUCGCAACACUCAGACCCUCAACCGACGAGUGCCUAACAACCACGCAUUGAACAACGCUCUAGGAACGUUACCGAGAGUCAACAACAAUAAUGUUGGUGGGGGAUUACUAGCAGCGACGCUUGGGAGGAAGAUAAACGGUGGGAACAACCAUAAGAAGAAAGCCUCGCAGCCGAUCAUGGCUUAUGAUGAAAUUCCGGGGCUGCAAAGGGCAUCAGAGAACGACAACGUCACGUUUGGCAAAAGAAACUUCACGGGUUUCUCGUACGACCAAUCACCGGUGGAGACCACGACGGAGCUAUAGUGACACUUUAAUAAAAUUGGAGUAGGUAUUUUAAUGAAAUGGUAUAGGUAACAUAAAUUUGCUUUACUUUUUAUUUACUCAUGUUUUUUUGGCUUUUCUGGCUCCCUUUAAUCCCUUUCCGUGAACUUGAAAAAUGUAAUUACGUUUAUUUAAAAAAUCCUGCUGUUUUUUAAGAAGAUAUUGUGUCAAAUAAGAUUCUGUCUUUAUAGUAACAUUAUUAUAAACAUUGAAUAUGUCUAAAAUGAAGACAAAACAAACAAAUUUAUGUUAUCUGUUUGUACGGUCGUCAGCACAUCAGCCUAUCCUAAAUUCUCAAUUGAUUUUCAACCUUUAUUCUAAUGGUGUAAAGUUAAAAAUGUUAUUAAAGAUGAGUGAUAGGUUGAUCUGCUGUUUUCGGUACUUUUAAGAAAGUGAGAGUAGAUAGAUCGAAAAACAAUAUUGAAAUGGUGAAGGCGAUGGAAUAAGUGUAUAGUGACUUACCAUUUGUUUUAAAGAAGUGAAUAACAUAGACUAAAAGUGAUAUACUUUCCGUCCGUAACACAGCACAUAGACAAACUAUGUGUUGAGUAGUUAGCAUAAUAUGUGUUCAACGAAUGUUAAUAUAUUUUAAGUAUGAUAUAUCGCCGACUGAAAAUACUUCAACGUGAUGAAAGUUGAUGUAAAUAACGAAUUUUUUAAAUAUUUUUGUACGUAAUUGUGUAUGCACUUACUUAGCGAUGGCUAGUCUUUUAUAAUAAUUGAACAAAUUGUGCAUAAUGUAAUAACUUAUGGAUGUGUAUAUAAUUGAGGCAUUACACAGUAGUGUAUAUUAGGUACCUGAGAUGUAAAUACAGGUACAAAAUAAUUUUGUAUAAAAUGUCAUUGUCGAGUCUUUGUCAUGAAGCUACAGAUAAAAAUGGAGGCCACACUCUGAAUACCUACUUGAAGCAUAAACUAAGUAUCACUAUCUCGCUCUCUGUGGGCAGACUCGCUCUUUCUAAAUAAACAAAAAAUAUAAAAUUGCUCAAAUUCAAUGAAAUUCAUGUAAAAUCUUUAUUUCUUGACAUAGGUAUCAUUAAAAAUGAUAAGUGUAAUAAUUACUGGUAAAACGUUUUAGGAAGAAAUUACUGUAAAAAAUGUGAAAAAUGCUUACAAUGAUCCAAUGUCGGAAAUCACGAAAUAAACACUUACGCGUGGAAUCUUAUGUCACUUCCAGGACACCACGUACUACCGCAACCACGCACUACAAAAUUUUGCACCAAUUCUUGUGAUAAAACAAUGAUUAUUUCCUGUAAACAAUCUCAAACGAAAUUAACUGCUUAAUAAACAAAAUAGUAAACAACCGCCAUGAUGGGCCGGAUUGGGCCGAUGUUGCCACAUGGUACCGAUUACCCAGGAAUUGGGAUUGUAAUUCCCUGAUUCGCCAACACAUUAAGCCUAAAUGGCCGACAAUUUUGUGAUUUUUUAUUUAACUAGGUAAUCUUAGUUUCAAAUGUUAAUUAUUUAUUUGUUUAACUUCUGAUUUGGUUAGUGAAUUGGCUAUUUCGAAGAAUUUACAAGGAGAUUUAAAUCAGAAGAUAGCAAUACUACAGUUCACACUAAAAAGAGAGGUAGGGCCGCAGAGAGCGAGAUAGAUAUAAGUAGGUAUUUGACUCAAGUUUUUGUUCCAACUCUGCCCUCCAUUUUUAUCUUUAGCUUCAUGGUCUUUGUUACCUAUUUAAAUCUUGCAUUUUUGAAAAAAAUUAUUGUAUCUAUCACAUUGAUGACAGUUUAUGUUUCGACAUACAUACUUGCCAGUGUUAGGGCUGUAUCACAUUAUAGUUGUACAGUCGCCUUUAUAUAAACCUAAAUAAAUGUCUUCGAUUGAUUUCGAACCUUAUGUUAAUAAAAUAAAGUUCAUAAUACAUUGAAGAUUUUUUGGUGUGUUGAUAUUUAGUUGACUGUACGCUAAUCAUUGAAGCAAAAGGUAGUUUUUAAUGUAUAUUUUUGUAGAAAAUAUAGCUUCGGUACAUGAGCUUUACGUGUAAGAUGUUAUUUUACGUGUAAAUACGUUCGCAUAAUACCCUAAUGUAUGAUAGAAAAAUAUAUUUUCAAGAUCUAUGUGUGGUUCAGUCCUAACGCGUUUGUUUUCCGUUUUUAUACGAAUUUUGUGCCAGUUAUUGUUAAAUGUAACUUUAAGAAUACAGUUUUGUACUUAUCAUAAUAAAAUAAGAAUGCUCAUUUUUUUUUUUCUAAAUAUUGAGAAGCGGAUUUGUGCCAAAAGUUUUAUAAAAUGAUUUUGAUACGUUUUUUAACAUUUGUAUGUAAUUAUUGGCUAGAUAAAUAAAAAUGUUACCUACCUAUUCUAUCCUUUGUAAAUGAAUUGUAAAUUUUAAUAUAAUUUUUAUUCCACUGUGAAAAUGAAUGUGUAAUAUAAUUUUUUAAAUAGAUUGUUCAUAUUUUUGUGGAAUAAAUUAAUUUUUAUUAUUAUUUCUUAAU